AUGCAAUAAAACAUAGUGUUUGAUAUUUCUUCAGAGAAUAGUUCAUCAUCAGAUGAAGAUGAGUUCAUAAAAAUUGAUUAAUAAAAUAGCUCAGUAAUUUAUAUUUCAAAGACUAAUAGAUUAUAAGUGUAAGAGCUCCUAAUUUAUUUGACAGUGAUACUCCUCAAGAAUUCCAAUAAAUUCAAGUUGAUACACAUUCAACAAGAAAAUAACACACUGUCACUUUUGAUACUCUGAAUACUAAUGAAGGUGAAAGAAGAUAAUUAAAUAAAUGGAAUUUAUAAGAAAAAGAAAAUAAAAAUUAUAAUUCAUUUACAAUCAAAACAGAAUUGACAGAAAAAGGUAAAACGAAUAGUAAAAAGAAUAUUAAUGAAAGUGUCGAGUAUUUACAAAAUCAAAAAUCUAGUUAAAAAUAAUAAAAUAAGUUUAAUUAAUGUAUGUAGUUGUUAUUAAUAAUAAUCUAGACAAAAAACCUUAUUAACCAAAAAGAGUAACUAAUGUCAAUUAUUCUUCAAUUGAUAAUUUUCAGAAUUAAUCUAUGGCAUAAGAAUUAUUAGAAUUGGAUUUACCUGCUCUUAUUUCAUAAAUUACAAAUAAGAGACGAGUUAAUAAUAAUAAUAAUAGUUUUCAUAAUCAUCAUAAUAAUUCUUUCUAUAAUUCAAAUCCCAAGUAAUAUUAUUAUAGUAUAAGUUAGCUAGACCCUAAAUAACUUAAAAAUAAGGCUGUAUUAUUCGAUAAUCAUUUAAUAAAUAAGGUUCUUAAGUGGAAAUACCUAUUGUACAAUAAACAAGAGAAAGAUCAAUUACAAUGAUUUUAAGAUAACCUGGAAAGAUUGUAAAUUAAAAAUAGUUAAAAAGUAAUAGCAUUGCUUUAAGAAAAUGAAGAUAUAUUAUUUUUACUUUUAAUUAUUAUUAAUAUUUUUUUUUAAUUAAAUGAAUUGUCUUUUCUGUUAGCCCAUUAGGAUGACUUUAUAUGGCAAUAAUUUUGAAGAAAUGCAGUUUAAAGGUAGACUGAAAUUAAAUUAAUUAUCAAGAAAGUAUCCUUACCAGAGAGGAUCACUAAUUCUCUUUAUAAUAAAUAUGCUGAAUCACAAAACUACUAUUUUACAAAGGAUAUCAAUGAAAUCAUUUUAGAUCAACCAACUAAACCUAAUAUAGUAUUUAAAGUAUAUAUUUACAUUAUUUAAACUAGGAUUUAGUAUUGUUGGAUGAAGAUGUUGAAUAUAUGAAAAAAAUAUAUCAACCUCAUAGUUUAGAAAAUAAAAUGGAAGUUUUAACAGAAUUUUAUAAAGUAAUAAAUUAUAUUAAUAUAUUAGUUUCAUAAUGAUUUACCUAGAUGGGCUGUUUCAAGUUCUAUUGUAAAUAUUUUGAAUGAAUAUUACAAUUAAAAAAGAAAGCUCGAAUAUUACAAAAUUUAAAAGAUAAUUGAUGAGGAAAACAAAAAUAAUCCAGAAAAACCUCCAAAAGGUAUUGUAGGUGAUGAACCAAUCUAAACAGAAAGUACUCCUCCUUCUCAUACAAUUGAAAGCGGAAUCAUUGUUGGAAAUGUACUUGAUGAAUUACAAAAUACUCCUUCUUAUUCAAAACAAGAUUAAGAAAAAGUCAAUCGUUAAAUAAAUAAUAAUAAUAAUAAUGAUAUUCAUCAAUAAAUCUUAAAAAUUUAAAAAUUAAAAACUGAAAGACAAUAAGAUAAUAAUAAUAUCAUCAAAGAAUUCAAAUUAUAAUAAAUUCUUACAACUGAUAAAAUGAAAAAUAUUAAAUAAUUAAUAACAUGUUAAAAAAGAUAAUUAAAAAUCAUUCAUCCUGAUUAAUGUGGUUAAUUGGAACCACCAAAACCAAAAUUAAUACAUCAACAAAUUUUAGACUAAUGUAAUUUAUAUAUUUAUGAAGUACAUAAAAGAGUAAAUGAAAAGAUUUAAUUAAAGAAAAGAAAUUUAAUAUAAAAUAAAGAUCCAUCUAGAGAAAUCAAGAGUGUACAUUUUGGUGAAGAUAAAAAAGAAAACUUUUUCAAAUCUCCAAGAAAUAUGAAAACAUAAUGUACUUCCAAAAUGACUCCUAAAUCCUAUAGUAAAGUAGGCAAAACCCAAACAUUUCAUGAUAGUUCAUCAAGGUAUUGUCCUUUAUACAAUAAAUAUUUAGAAAACUUAAUAACAACCUUUUAUCAACAAGGAAUAUUGGAGCAAAGACUUGUCAUUAAAUUAGUAAUAAUAUCAAAUCAAAAAUGCAAUAAAAACCUAUAUCAUUUAAAACUCUUACUACUCCAAGAUCUGUCUAAUAAAAGUUAUAAAUAUGA